GGCUCCAGCAGCUCUGUCAUUGGUCCCUGCGAAACCUGCACCAAUUUAAAACUAGACAGCUACCCCUGCCUCGUGUGUCACACCAGUCCAGACCCCUGGCAGGGAUACGUAGAUAAGGAGGCCAGAGGAAGACGCCUGUGCGUCAGUGUGCGUGCGAGCGAGAGACAAGAGAGAGGGAGUGAGAGAGAGAGAGAAGACCACAAGACAGCAGCACAGCAGUGAACACUCAGGGGGACGUCGGGAUGCCUGCGUACGCCACCACCAUGAGGAUAAAGUUCCCCGUCCUGGCGCUGGGCCUGGAGGUCGUCACCAUCAUCCUGUUCGCCUUGUUCGCGGAGUACGACGACGGCAAGGGCCACGGCCACCACCCUGAGCCCGGCAACUCCACCCCCCACGCCGCGCCGGAGGACCCCAUGAGCCUCUACCCCAUGUUCCAGGAUGUCCACGUGAUGAUCUUCAUCGGCUUUGGCUUCCUCAUGACCUUCCUGAAGAGGUACGGCUUCAGCAGCGUGGGCGGUAACCUGCUGCUGGCCGCCUUUGGCCUGCAGUGGGGCCUGCUGACCCAGGGCUUCUGGCACCUGACGGACGGCAAGAUCAAGAUCAACAUCUUCAAGAUAAUCAACGCAGACUUCAGCACAGCCACAGUCCUGAUCUCGUUUGGAGCCGUCCUGGGAAAGACCAGCCUGGUCCAGCUGCUCAUCAUGACCGUGCUGGAGAUCGGGAUCUUCGCCAUCAAUGAACACCUGGUGGCUAACGUAUUUAAGGCGAACGACGUAGGGGCCUCCAUGAUCAUCCACGCCUUCGGAGCCUACUUUGGCCUUGCAGUCGCUCGGGUUCUGUACCGGCCUGGCCUCAAGAACGGACACGAGAACGACGGCUCAGUCUACCACUCUGAUCUGUUUGCCAUGAUCGGAACCGUCUUCCUCUGGAUGUUUUGGCCGAGCUUCAACUCCGCCAUCGCCGAACCCGGCUACACGCAGCUGAUGGCGGUGAUCAACACCUACCUGUCCCUGGCGGCCUGCGUGGUCUCUGCUUAUGCCAUCUCCUGCCUGGUGGAGCACAAGGGCAAGCUGGACAUGGUCCACAUUCAGAACGCGACCCUGGCUGGGGGCGUUGCCGUCGGAACCUGCGCUGACAUGAACAUCGGACCCUUCGGAGCCAUGUUGAUUGGAUUUGUGGCGGGAAUCAUCUCCACUCUGGGCUUCAAAUACUUGUCUCCCAUUCUGGCCGCCAAACUGGGAAUCCAGGACACGUGUGGCGUCCACAACCUGCACGGCAUGCCUGGGAUCCUGGGCGGCCUGGCCGGCAUCGUGGCCGUGGCCCUUGGGAAGAAGGACGGUAAAGCUGCCAUGCAAGCAGCUGCUCUGGCCUCAUCACUUGGAUUUGCUUUGGUCGGGGGCGUCAUAACAGGGUUCAUCAUGAAACUACCAUUCUGGGCACAACCUCCUGACCAAAACUGCUUUGAUGACUCAAUUUACUGGGAGGUACCUGAGGAGGAGGAGGAGCACGAGGAGAGCCUGACAGCGGAGCACUACAAGAACAAGGCUGAGGUGUAGACCUCUGCUCUACAGCCUCCGGUCCGACCCCAAGAGGACCGCGGUGGUGAACAAACGAAUGAGCAGAUUCACCAGAGCCAUUACAAAAGAAAUGUCAGAUGAUCAGUAACAGCAGAGUGACAUAAACGUUGUGAUUUUCUUAAUUUCACAUAUAUUCAGGUAUUUCAAGUGUGAAUAAACUCUUUCAGGGUAUUUUUUUAUCAGGAGGUUUAGUAUCAGCGCUCAUGUACAAACCACUGUUGGAAACAGACGCCAUUCUUUUUGUAUGACUUUUUUUUUACUUUUUUCUAUUAUCAUCCAAAAGUGUAAAAGCAUGUUUUAUGCCAUUAGUAUGGUUUUCUUAACUCUUUAAUACAUUGUUUGCUAUGACACAAAACUGACAAAUGUGCAAAACCGAUGCCAUGUCUUCUAUUUUUUGUAUGUGAAAUCGAAAGGCAAGCUUAGGCCUGUGAUGGCAGGCUGCUUCACUGGAGCCCUCUCCUGCUGAUUGGAGACCAAACUCAACCCAACCCGGUCUGAGCAGGGUAGUGAUAGUAACUCAAUAACACUUUUCCCAAUAAAUAAACCUUCAUGUGGCUCUUUGUCUAUCGUGACAUCUCUAACCUGCCCCAUUGCUUAAGCCCUCUUUGACUUCUGUUUGUUCAGUGUUCUUUUCUUCCGUACUCCAUUACUUUGAUAUGUUUGUAUUUUCCUAUGUACAGUGAUAGGUUUUACAGUGAAAUGGACAUGGUAACAUAUUAAAGAAGAGAGAUCAUGAUGCUGUUGCGCGAGUGUUGAGUUGGGCCGUGUCAGAGUGGAACAUCAAACCUUCCAGAGGCAGGGCCGGUUCAAACCCACUAUGAAUAGAAUUGAUUAGUUGUUCAUUGAUCAGACCAUCUAUGAUGUGCAGCAAAACAGCAAUACAUUUUGUUUCCUUUUUUUACACAAAGCGUGUGCUUAUUUUGUAGAGCCACUAAUAUUGUCACAUUAAAUGUGGUUUUAUACAAUA